ACCCGGCUCAAUCACAAUGCUGCAGCUCUGAUUGGUUGCCCUGGCUGCUGGGCGGUGUCUCCGCCUCCGGCUUGGAAACUAGUUUAGUCUCAAGCCCCUAGUGCGACCCUGUAUCCAGUGAGUGAGAGUUCCCUGGGUGGGGGGCAGCAUGGGCACCCGCCCGCCGGGGGAGCUACCGUGACCUGGGGACACGCUCAGACCCCUGGGGCAGAUCGCUGGCUUCAGACCGUGCCUCUGUCAUCAUGUCGGUCAGCGUCCACGAGAACCGUAAAUCCCGAACGAGCACUGGCUCUAUGAACAUCUUGCUUUUCCACAAAACCUCCCACCCAGAUUGUGUCCUGUCCCAUCUCAACACCUUCCGGAAGCGCUGCGUGUUCACUGACGUCACCCUCUGGGCAGGGAACAGGUCCUUCCCAUGCCAUCGGGCUGUGCUGGCCGCCUCCAGCAGCUAUUUCGAGGCCAUGUUCAGCAACGGCUUGCGGGAGAGCCUGGACGAUGAGGUGAAUUUCCAUGACAGCCUCCACCCAGAGGUGCUGGAGCUGCUGCUGGACUUCGCAUACUCCUCCCAGAUCAUCAUCAACGAGGAGAAUGCAGAAUCCCUGCUGGAGGCUGGGGACAUGCUGCAGUUCCACGACGUCCGAGAUGCAGCGGCUGAGUUCCUCGAGAAGAACCUCUACCCUUCCAACUGCCUGGGCAUGAUGCUGCUCUCAGACGUUCAUCAGUGCCGUAGACUCUAUGAGCUGUCCUGGAGGAUGUGCCUGGUGAACUUUGAAACAGUGCACAAGAGCGAGGACUUCAACAACCUCUCCAAGGACACCCUGCUGGACCUGAUCUCCAGUGACGAGCUGGAGAUAGAGGACGAGGAGAAGGUCUUCAGAGCCAUCAUUCAGUGGGUGAAGUAUGACUUGGACAAGCGGAAGGUGCAGCUCCCAGAGCUGCUGAGGAACGUGCGUCUGGCCUUGUUGCCUUCCGAGUGCCUCAAGGAAGCCAUGGCGUGCGAGGACCUGAUCAUGGCAGAUGAGAGGAACAAGCUCAUCAUGGACGAGGCCAUGCACUGCAAGAAGAAGAUCCUCCAGAAUGACGGGGUGGUCACCAGCCCCUGUGCCAAGCCCCGCAAAGCCGGGCACACCUUGCUGAUCCUGGGCGGGCAGACCUUCAUGUGUGAUAAGAUCUACCAGGUAGAUCAAAAGGCAAAAGAGAUCAUCCCCAAAGCAGACCUGCCAAGCCCAAGGAAAGAGUUUAGUGCCUGUGCCAUUGGCUGCAAAGUCUAUGUCACUGGCGGGCGGGGCUCAGAGAAUGGGGUCUCCAAAGACGUCUGGGUGUAUGACACCGUUCAUGAGGAAUGGUCCAAAGCUGCUCCCAUGCUGAUAGCUCGGUUUGGGCAUGGCUCGGCUGAACUGGAGAACUGCCUCUAUGUGGUCGGUGGGCACACUGCGGUGGCUGGUGUCUUUCCGGCAUCUCCUUCUGUUUCCUUGAAGCAGGUAGAGAAGUAUGACCCUGCCUCCAACAAAUGGACCAUGGUGGCCCCUCUAAGGGAUGGAGUCAGCAAUGCUGCAGUGGUCAGUGCUAGGCUGAAGCUUUUUGUCUUUGGCGGGACCAGCAUCCACCGGGACAUGGUGUCCAAGGUCCAGUGCUACGAUCCUGUCGUGAACCGGUGGGCGAUCAAAGCAGAGUGCCCCCAACCUUGGCGCUACACUGCCGCCGCUGUUCUAGGCAGCCAGAUUUUCAUCAUGGGCGGGGACACUGAAUUCACAGCUGCGUCCGCCUACCGCUUCGACUGCGAAACGGACCAGUGGACGCGGAUCGGGGACAUGACUGCUAAGCGCAUGUCAUGCCACGCCUUGGCCUCGGGGAAUAAGCUUUACGUGGUGGGGGGUUACUUUGGGACACAGAGGUGUAAAACGCUAGAUUGUUAUGACCCUACCUCGGACACGUGGAACUGUAUAACAACAGUGCCGUACUCACUCAUCCCCACGGCUUUCGUCAGCACAUGGAAGCACCUGCCAGCUUGAGAGGCAUUGGCUUGGGCCCAGAAUUCAGGAGCUUAACUGGAUGCCACUGUCAAAUUCAUCUCCCUUUCUCUCUGCUGGAGUCUGCACAGUGACCAAAUGCUACUAGCCUCACUCCUUACUGCUCCCACCCAAAGCCUGCAAAGGGUCUUUUGCAGCCCUUCUCUGGCACAGGGCGCAGGAAAAGGGCUGACCUGAGAAGGAAGCCGCGCCAUUCGGGCUGGGAGGGGGUGCUGAACAAUGCUGCCACUCGAACGGCCGUGCAAUCAAGCAACUGAAGGAGAACAGAGCCGAGAAGCAUGCUGGUGUGGAGCCCUAUUGUGUCAGGGCCGUUUUCCAUCGGGGCUCUCGUUUGUGGGAGUGGGGAGGGAAGGGGAUUGGUUUUAAUAUGAUUAGAAAGAUGAAGUAUCGAUCGAUGCUGCAUUAAGCCUAUUGAGAUGCAGGAGAGGGAUGGUGCUGCCACUACCGAAGGAGGCCCGGGCUUGAAUUAAAAGAGCACAGUGGGAGCACCGGGCCUGUCCUGCCACCUGAUUACUCUGGAGUUUGUGCUAGGAGCCCUCAGGGUUUUUCGGUUGUCCUAGGAGCACACAGCACAGUAACCCGACUAGGUGCUUUCUGUACUAGGACGCGGGGGAGGGUUCUACACUUUUUAAAAGCAGUUAAUUUUGCAGAGUGCUUUAAGUUGGUGAUCCCGGGUCUUUAGGGCACUUCAGAAUGAUCCAAACAGAAGGGGAGUGUGAGACGGGUGGCUGUUGCCACUGGGGCGGGGAUUGGAGAAUCCGACUCUGAGCUCUGCUCAGAUUGGAAAGGUAGCAGAGAGCCAGCCCCGUGCAUAGAUACUCCUAGCUGCGUGACCCAAGUACCUGCUUCUGAGGCCAGGCAGGGAAGCUGGCUGCUGAAACUUAAAGGGGUAGCCCUUUGAUGUUGCUAAAAACAUCCCAGGAAGCCGACACCCCAGACAGGCAGGUAACGUGCAGGAAGGAGGCAGGGAUGUGUUGUGCACAUGAGAACAUUUUCCUUCCGCAUUCUACAGCGGUCUGUCUGAGGCCUGGCAGCUCCCUUCCCACAGCAGCUGGGGAGAGGCGUUGUACACCUGUCAAUGUGUCAGGAGCUGGGUUAAUUAUGUUGCAAAGCUGGAUAAAGCUGGAUACACUCA